UCUCUCUACCCCCUUAUCCUAUCCUACCCAUCAAAGAUUCAUUUUUUGUACGCGACGCCCCGACUUCGACCCUUCUCUCUCUCUUCUUCUCUUCCUCCCUCAUCCACCACCCUCCGAUCUCUUCCUUCCCAUGUCUUCUUCACCUCCAUCUCUCUCUCUCUCUCUCUCUAAAAUUAUACAUAUUUUUUAAUAUAUAUUUGCUUGUAUCCCAAGUUUAUUCCUUUUCCUGAUUCUACUUAGAUCCCUUAUUCUUCUCUCAACACUUUCCCUUUCUCCGGAUCUCUCUAUGCUCCUGACAAAAACACCUCUCUCUCAUCUCAAUUUCUUUCUUAUAAUAACUCUCCUCUCUUCUGAGAAAAAAAACUUCAAACUGAAAAUCAUUACAGACCAACCACAAUGAUCAGCGAUAGUCACAAUCACAAUCAACAUAAUAAUCAUGCAGAGAAAAUGCAGAAAUGUCAAGAAUAUAUUGAGGCUCUUCAAGAGGAGCAUCGUAAGAUUCAGGUGUUCCAGCGCGAGCUUCCUCUGUGUUUAGAGCUUGUGGCUCAAGCGAUUGAGGCUUGUAAGCAACAGUUGUCAGGGACAAGCACAGAGUGCUUUCAUGGCCAAUCUGAAUGUUCUGAGCAGACAUCAACUGAAGGCCCUGUUUUGGAGGAAUUUAUACCAAUUAAGAAGAAUUCAUUUUGUGAUUGUGAAGAUAAUAAUGAUGAUGAUGAUAAUGAACAACAAUCUCAAAAAUCAAAAAUCAAUAACAAUGAUGAUAAUAGGAGCAUUGACAAAUUAUCAAAGAAAUCUGACUGGCUUAGAUCUGUCCAGUUGUGGAAUCAUACCCCAGAUCCACCCACCAAACAGGAAUCACCAAGAAAGGUUUCAAUCAUGGAAGUGAAGAGAAAUGGAGGUGGUGCUUUUCAUCCAUUUAAGAAAGAAAACAAUGUUGGGACUAUCCUAACAAAAGAUCCUUCUGUUCCGGCCGCGGCGGCGAGCUCCACCGCAGAAAACGGUGGCGGUGAUGGUGGUGCUAGUGGUGGUGGAAAGAAAGAAGAGAAGGAAGGACAGUCUCAGAGGAAGGCUAGAAGGUGUUGGUCCCCUGAGUUGCAUAGGAGGUUUUUACAUGCUCUUCAACAGCUUGGUGGUUCUCAUGUCGCAACACCUAAGCAAAUUAGAGAGCUUAUGAAGGUUGAUGGGCUUACAAAUGAUGAAGUCAAGAGCCAUUUACAGAAAUACCGGCUGCAUUCAAGAAGAUCACCUACUCCUUCAAUUCACCAUAGCAAUAAUCAACAAGCUCCCCAGUUUGUGGUGGUGGGAGGAAUCUGGGUCCCGCCACCAGAAUACACGGCUGCGGUGGAAACAGCUGCUGCAUCAAAGGAAGCUUCCGGAGUUUCCAGCCCGAAUAGAAUCUAUGCACCAAUAGCUGCACCACCACAAAAGCAGAAGCAGCAGCAGCAGCAACAACAAAAGCAAUCAAAGCAAUUGCAUUCAGAUGGAAGGGCAAGCCAUAGUGAGGGUAGAGGUCAUUCUAGUUCCCCGGCUAGCUCAUCCUCCACGCAUACCACCACGGCCUCGUUGGCAUUAUAAUCUUUGUUGUGUGAAGAAGAUUGAUGUAGAAAUUUUGUAACAAAUCGUUCAAUGUUGUCUGUAAUCUUCAGGUAUUUGACAUAACAGUAGAGAGACAUCGACGUAGUGAAGUUUUUUUUUUUUUUUUAAUCUCAAAUUUUAAAGGUUUUGUGUUUUUGUUGUAACAUUUAGAGGAUGUUGGAUACAUUUGACAGUGACAAUUAAAUAUUGAAGUUGAAUAAUCCAAGCUAUGCUGGAUAUGAGAAUAAUAUACACAUAUAUUUUGUGAUUAAAA